UAUUAAUACCUACUACUGUGCACUUGUAUAUUAUAUAUGUUUUUUUAAUCUUUAAGUAAGAGGCUUUCUUGAGCUGUCAUUGGGAUAGUGAAAGAAUCAUUGAAGAUUUUCAAACGUUUGCCCGCUAGUCAACCAACUUGGCAGAAGUAAUCAACAGUUAACCCAAAGGACAUCUAGAAAGACCACCCUUAGAAGUGAGAAGAUACAAUUAAAAGAACACUGAAAUAUGCACUUCAUCAUCAUCCUUGCCUUGUGUACCUUCGGCAUGGGACAAAAAGUCCAAAUCACAAACCUCCAAAACAACCCUGGCAUAUUGCCUGUGUAUCAGGGUCAAGCAAAAAUUCAGACCAGCAGACAUGAUUUUAUACAUUAUUAUCCGCUUCAACCAAUCGCAGACGAAAUUGCAUCCAUAGAACAAGAAUACAUGGUCGUCACCAGAGCAAUUCAGAAUUCAACCUACAAAUAUUCCCGUGAUUUAGUAAACUUUGAUCAAGCCCUUCGCUACCAAUUACGGAGUGUUAAAGAAAAGUUCAGUUCCAUCUCUCCUUUUUCUAGACCAAAAAGAGGACUUAUAGAUGGUCUCGGCAGUGUCAUUAAAUCGAUUACCGGAAAUCUCGACCAAGAAGAUGCCAAGUAUUAUAACAAAGCAAUCAAGACGCUUGCAGAAAAUGAGAAAAACAUAGUGUCUCAAUUAAAUCACCACAUAAGCCUGAACACAAGAGUAAUGGAAAAAUUCCAAGAAACAAUUUCGCUAAUCACUCACAAUCAAGACAAAAUUGCUAAUGAAAUCAAUGAAAUCAAGCAGAAAAUAGAUUACAUCAAUUUUAACUUUAGCCAGUACCUUCAAACAAAAAAUGUGGUGGACCAGCUUAAUAUUAUCCUUCAGAUUAUUCUACAGUUGUUAAAUGACUUGGAAGAAGCAGUAAAUUUAGCCAAGAUUAAUAUCCUGCAUAACAGCCUUAUUAAAGAAAAAGAACUGCGUUGGAUUAUAACAUCGAUGUUAGAGCACCACUCUAAAGAUCAGCUUCUGUACUCCAAACAACAAGACUUUCACAAAUAUUACAGCAUUAUUGAAGUUGAUGCCUACUAUACUAACAACACGAUUGUAUUCAUUCUACAUAUUCCUAUAAUACACCCAAAUCCUUUUUCAUACUAUCAUUUAUUUUCGAUCCCAACACAAAAUCACUCAACUAUUAUCCCGUACGCCUCCUACCUUCUUACAAACCCUGCCCUAUUUCAAUACAAUGAAUUACCGUGCAAAAAACUCGGACAAGAGUUUCUAUGUGAGAAAAAACUGCUACUAGACGUGUCAGGAAGUGAAGACUGUAUCAUCCAAAUUCUACAGAUCGAAAACGAAGCAGCAUCCUGCGAAAAUGUACCAGUCGUCCUUAACAGCACUAUAAUCGAGGAAAUUUCGGAAGCUCACUACAUUGCUAUCUUCCCACAUCCAACAAAGGUACAUACUAUAUGCUCCAGCUCAACAGUAACAAUUCUUCAAGGGAUAUAUUUAAUCGAAUUGCCACCUAGUUGCGAAUUUAAGACCAGCAAGGAAAGUUUCAUUAAUUCCCAAAUUAGCAUCAUGGAAGAUCCUUUAACACUACCCAAAAUUAAAACAAUCAACAUUCAAAAUAUGGCCAAGGUGAAACCAUUAAAACUGGAUAAAAUCCAUCUUGAUGAACUACACAAGCUUACAAAAGAGGAGGAAAAUCUACAAUUUGUGCCAAUCGAGGAAUGGGACACAGGAAGUAACCACUACUGGGUGACCCCACUCUACAUACUCCUAACGUUACUCGUAAUAUUUAUAGGGUACAAGAUAUGGAAAAGUAUGAAAACAAACAAAAGAGAAACCAGAAGAAGGGCAAUCGAAUCCGAAAUUUAG